GAUGCUCUUACACCUCUCACUGCAAGCUUCCUCUGGUGAAAAAGCUCCCUCCCUUGCAUUUAGCCUACAAACGGGUGGUGGGAUAUGCCACUCUUUUCAUUCUCCCCCAUUUUUCUUGCCAUCCCAUCUUUCAUGGCUUCUCUUCUGCAUCAUCUCUUUUUUCUCUCUGCACUCUGCCUUCUCAUCAUCAGCUCCACUGCAUCAAAUCAACUUCCUCAGCAUUAUGUGGUUUAUAUGGGGAGUUCAUCAAGUGGAAAUGGAGGAGAAGCUCCCGAGAUUGCAGAGGCAGAUCAUUUGCAGCUGCUGUCCUCCAUUAUACCAAGCCAUGAGAGUGAAAGAAUAUCGCUAAUCCGUCAUUAUAGCCAUGCCUUCAAGGGCUUCUCUGCCAUGCUUACAGAGAAUGAAGCCUCUCUAUUAGCUGGCCAUGGUGGUAUAGUAUCCAUCUUCCGGGAUCCAAUUCUUCAACUUCACACUACACGUUCAUGGGAUUUCCUGGAGGCAGCAUCAGGCAUGCAAUACAAGCACGAGCAUCCUCCUAUGUCAAGUGAUGUCAUAAUUGGGAUGAUAGACACAGGGAUAUGGCCUGAGUCGCCAAGUUUCAAUGAUGAUGGAAUUGGGGAAAUCCCUUCAAGAUGGAAAGGAGUUUGCAUGGAAGGAUAUGACUUCAAGAAAUCCAAUUGCAAUAGGAAGUUGAUAGGAGCAAGAUACUAUGACUCCAUCCAAAGGACAUACAGUAAUAACAAGACCCACAUGGCUAAACCAGAUGACUCACCAAGGGACUUUGAUGGCCAUGGUACUCACACCACAUCCAUUGCAGCUGGUGCUAAAGUUGCUAAUGUUAGUUACCAUGACUUAGCUGGAGGCACAGCUAGGGGUGGCUCACCUUCAUCUAGAAUAGCAAUAUACAAAGCAUGCACAUUAGAUGGUUGUUCUGGUUCCACCAUAUUGAAGGCAAUUGAUGAUGCAAUUAAGGAUGGAGUUGAUAUAAUCUCCAUUUCUAUUGGGAUGAGCUCGCUCUUUCAAUCUGAUUACCUAAAUGACCCCAUAGCAAUUGGUUCAUUUCAUGCACAACAAACGAAUAUCAUGGUAGUAUGCUCUGGAGGAAAUGAUGGGCCUGAUCUUUACACAAUUGUCAAUUCAGCUCCUUGGAUCUUUACAGUUGCAGCUUCUAAUAUUGAUAGAGAUUUCCAAUCUACUGUGCUGCUUGGAAAUGGGAAGACUUUCCAAGGGUCUGCCAUCAGUUUCUCAAACUUCAAUCGCUCAAGAAAUUAUCCUCUCGCAUUUGGAGAGGAUGUUGCUGCUAAGUUUACUCCAAUAUCAGAAGCUAGGAAUUGCUACCCAGGAUCAUUAGAUACACAGAAAGUUGAGGGCAAGAUUGUUGUAUGCACAGAUAAUGAUUUAAAUAUUCCACGGCAAAUCAAGAAAUUAGUCGUGGAAGAUGCUAGAGCCAAAGGGUUGAUUUUACUCAGUGAGGAUGAGACAGUUGUUCCUUUUGAUUCAGGCACGUUUCCAUUUGCAGAAGUUGGAAAUCUUUCAGGGUUGCAGAUUAUUAAAUACAUCAAUGGUACCAAAAAGCCUACUGCAACCAUCCUUCCUGCCCGUGAUGUUCCUCGAUAUAGACCAGCUCCAACUGUUGCAUAUUUCUCUUCCAGAGGACCUGGGCAAUAUACAGAAAACAUUCUUAAGCCCGAUAUAAUGGCUCCAGGAGUUGCCAUUUUGGCUGCCAUGAUACCUGAAAAAGAAGCAGGGAGUGUUCCUGUUGGAAAUAAGCCAUCUGGAUAUGCCAUAAAGUCUGGUACAUCAAUGGCUUGCCCUCAUGUGACAGGGGCUGCAGCAUUCAUUAAGUCUUUUCAUCAUGGGUGGAGUGCUUCUAUGAUCAAAUCUGCACUUAUGACAACAGCAACCAUUUAUGAUAAUAUGGGGAAACCCUUACAAAACAGCUCACAUCACUUAGCGAAUGCCCAUGAAGUGGGGGUUGGAGAAAUAAACCCACUCAAAGCUCUUAAUCCAGGAUUAGUUUUUGAAACAACCACAGAAGAUUAUUUGCAAUUCCUUUGUUAUCAUGGAUAUUCAGAGAAAAACAUAAGAUCUAUGUCCAAGACAAACUUCAACUGCCCCAGAAUCAGUAUUGACAGACUCAUCUCCAAUAUCAACUAUCCAUCGAUCUCCAUCAGUAACCUAGAUCGACAUAAGCCUGCUCAGACCAUCAAAAGAACUGUGACUAAUGUGGGAUGUCCAAAUGCCACAUACAUUUCCAGAGUGCAUGCUCCUGUGGGUUUAGAGGUGAAGGUUUUCCCAAAGAAGAUUGCUUUUAUCGAAGGGUUAACAAGGGUUUCCUUCAAAGUCUUAUUCUAUGGCAAGGAGGCUUCCAGUGGCUACAAUUUUGGGUCCGUAACAUGGUUUGAUGGUCGACAUUCUGUCCUCCUGUCAUUUGCAGUGAGCGUAGAAUAACAUAACAAAAUAACGUACUAGCAUUGAACAAAGAUACCAUUCAUUUUGAAGUUAACACACACGACUCACUCAUAAGGUUGUAGAUACACGUUGAUGUUCAUACUGUUGUGUCCAAUGCCGGAACCCUUGUUGUAUGGUUGGAGUUAAUUACUGCAAACCACCAGAAUAGGAACAUUCAUAGAUACAUUCAUCAAUUAAUGCCUGUCCAAGACUUUUCUUUCUUUGAACAUCAUGGCAUGUGCAAAUAUUAUUAUCCAAUGUGUCUGCUAUUUGGACUACGGUUGCUUAUGCAAUAAUAGUCAUAAUUACUUCAAUUUAUACGUACUAAAUAAAAGGAUACCCAUGUUUAAUGCA